AGUAUUUUUUAUGUGUUCAAUAAUAUCGAACUUUUUCAAUGAUCAGAUGCCGCCCUGUAGGGAACCCGAUCGCCCGGUUAUUCCCCAGGCUAUUAUAGUCGCACAGUUCCGCGACUAUCAUGCUGAGAAAUUCUUCGGGCAGGGAGAUCCCCGUAUCGUGGACGAGUGGAUUCAGGGCCUUGAGUUGAUUUUCGAGGUCAUGGAUUGUCCAGAUAGAUAUCGCGUUAUAUGUGCUCAGCUUCAGCUAACCGACGAUGCCCGACUCUGGUGGAAUGCCUACUGGAGCAUGCGUCUCGGCGAGAAAGAGGGUUGUACCUGGGACAGACUCAAGGAGCUAAUCCGCGAGAAGUACUAUCCCACUUAUUAUAGAGCAGAGAUGGAGCGUCAGUUCCUGUCGCUCAAGCAAGGUACUCGUUCUGUUGACGAGUACGAGAGGGAGUUUACCAGACUUACAGCUUUUUUCUCUAUCGAUCUCAUUCCAGGAGCCGGCCCAGUAUCCAAAGCCCCGUACCGUAUGGCGCCGAAGGAGUUGCAGGAGCUUAAGGCGCAGAUUCAAGAGUUAUUACGACUCGGUUUCAUCCGACCGAGCGUGUCACCUUGGGGAGCAUCCGUUCUCUUUGUGAAGAAGAAGGACAGUUCCAUGCGCAUGUGUAUCGACUACCGGGAUCUUAACCGGUUGACGAUCAAGAAUAAGUAUCCGCUUCCCAGAAUCGACGAUUUAUUUGAUCAGCUGAGGGGAGCCUAUGUCUUCUCAAAGAUUGAUUUGCGAUCAGGCUACCACCACCUGAAGAUAAAGGAGUCAGAUAUUGCUAAGACCGCGUUCCGUACUCGUUACGGCCAUUACGAGUUCGUCGUCAUGCCAUUCGGCCUCAGUAAUGCUCCAGCAGUUUUCAUGGACCUGAUGAACCGUAUUUUCCAUCCCUACCUCGAUCAUUUC